CUCCCAAGCAAAGCCCCCCGGUGGAGUCCACAGUCGCAGGCCGGCAGGCAGGUACGCACCCACCCGCAAAUCCGCACCUCCCCACCCCAACUCUCCUCCCAAACCCAGCACGCACUCCCGCGAGAUCUCUCUCCGCCGCGCCACCGACGCGCCAGAUCCACCACCGCCACCGCCAUGUCGCACAACCACGGCGACACGAUCCCGCUCCACCCGUCGUCGGCGCAGUCCGACAUGGACGAGAUCGAGAGCCUCAUCUACGCGGCGCCCUCCGCCACCGUCCUCCCGGCGCGGCCGCCGUCCCCGCCGCGCGCCUCCAUCCCGGUCUCCACCUCCCCGGCCCCGCUCCCGGCCCCCGCCAAGCCCUCCCUCCCCGGCGCGUCCGUCCCCAUCAUCGUGCCCCAGGCGCCGCCCGCUUCCGUCUCCGUCCCCAUCGCCUCCGACGGCUUCGGCCCCCCGCCCAACACGCUCACCGAGCCCGUGUGGGACACCGUCAAGCGCGACCUCGCCCGCAUCGUCAGCAACCUCAAGCUCGUCGUCUUCCCCAACCCCUACCGCGAGGACCCCGGCAAGGCGCUCAGGGAUUGGGAUCUCUGGGGGCCCUUCUUCUUCAUCGUUUUCCUCGGCCUCACACUCUCCUGGUCCGCCUCCGUCAAGAAGUCUGAAGUAUUUGCUGUUGCAUUCGCUGUCCUAGCAGCUGGGGCUAUAAUUCUUACGCUAAAUGUCUUGCUUCUGGGUGGGCACAUUAUCUUCUUCCAGAGCCUCAGUCUUCUUGGCUACUGUCUGUUUCCUCUGGAUGUUGGAGCUCUAGUUUGCAUGCUGAAGGACAAUGUCAUACUAAAGAUCAUCGUAGUGACCGUCACAUUGGCAUGGAGUUCCUGGGCUGCAUAUCCAUUCAUGAGUGCUGCAGUUAACCCAAGGAGAAAGGCUCUGGCCCUGUAUCCCGUCUUCCUCAUGUAUAUUUCAGUUGGUUUCCUCAUAAUUGCCAUAGACUAAUGGUGGGCUGAACUUGUAGUCAAUACCUAAACCGCUGAGAUUUUCCUCAUUGAACCACCAGAAUACAUACAGGUUUGGGCAGAGAAUACGCCCCCUUAAGAAUUCUUCUCUGAUUGCAUUGUCGAUUUUGUUUUUUAAAGGAGGCGUGCAUAAGGCUGUAAGAUUAGUGGAAAUCUAUGUGUUGUAAAGGGCUUCUCGUACUUUGGACCACUCAAUUGACUGUCAUUUUCCCCUCUACUAUACGAUGUUCAAAGUCUAUUGAAGCUAGAUAAUAACUCCUGCAGUAGUAUUUCUAUUGUGGUCUGUGGAACCGAAACGCAGAGGAUACGGCUCCUCUGUUUCUGCA